AUGUGCUCGCAAGCCAGGACAAUUGCUCAAAAUCUAUCAAGGGGAAUAGCUGUCUACUCGAGCGGCGAGGUAUUAGCUGUACCAGCUUGUAACGUCAAAACGCUUAUGGACGUUGCAAGUCAAGCGAUUACUGUCUACACUCUUUCUAAACAUCGUGUGGAUAUCGCCUGCUUGUUGGAGGUCCUUCCUCGUUCGAGUCUUGUGCAAACAUGGCUACGAGCAGAGAUACUGGCUACGUCAUUUUAA